AUGAAGCGAGCUAGAUGUGUGAGGGUGCUGCUCUUACCCCCAUCUUUGUGGUGCUCUGACAGCUCCGGGCUCAGGAUCUUUGCUCGGUUUCUAUUGGGGAUAUUAGCCUUUGUCUUCUGGAGUGCUGCUGCCCCUAUGGCCUUUGGUGGAGUUUUUGUCAUCCAGAUGUACAAGAACUACAGUUAUUUAUUUCAGGAGUCUUUCUUGUUUCUCCCUGGAUGGUUGGCUGUUGCAGCUGCACUUAUCUUGCUACCUACUGGAGUUUUGGCGAUCUGCGUUUCUGUUAAGGGCUCCCGCUAUUGGCAAGGGGCUCUUCUGCUGAUCCUUUUUUGCCUAGAAAUGUCUUUGGCGGUUCUGGCACAGUUCUACACUACUCAGAUGCCUUCCAAGAUGAAAAGGACUAUGGGUUACCUCGUCCAGCAGUACAAGGGGCCGCACUCCCAGGAUCCUGGCAGCAGGGCUGUGGAUGUGGUACAGAGGGAGCUGCAGUGUUGUGGGGUUGAAAACUACACAGACUGGCUAAAGGCAGAAGCUGCUUCUUGGCAUCUUCCAGCUGAAGACACCUGUGUCCCUGAAAGCUGCUGUAAGGAGAAGUAUUCUCAGUGCAGGCGUGACCUAGGCCAUCUGGAGCAACUCUUUCAGGAAGGCUGUCUAAAGAAGCUGGAAGACCACUUGCGUUUUGUGAUGCUCUACGUGUUUUCGUGCUGUACCGGGCUAAGCGUCUUAGAGCUGUUGGCUGGUGUAGGCAAUGGUAUCCUCAUGAAGCAUCAGCCUCUCUGUGACUUCCGAAUUCUGGAGUCGUCUACAUUCCCAUAG